GUAUUUACUUUACAUUCAUUCGAGUCUGUGUGCGGUCCAUGGCUCUGAUUGGAAAGUAGCUUGCAGAGUUCUUACUUUACUUUGCUGGCAGGUUAUGAAACACUGAGCUGCUGUCCUUGAAACAACGUCCCUCCAAGUUCAAAGGUUGCUGAAGUCCAGUCAGUUGCUGAGGUACAUUUUGAAGGAAAGCAGAUGGAGCACGUCUCUUUCUUGCCACUGUCCCGUUUAGCUAUUUGCGGCGGGACGCAUGGAAAUGAGAUGUCCGGGGUGUACCUGGUGAGAGAAAUGCAGAAACGGAAGGUGGAUCAGACGGGAUCGGUUUCCGUAACAAGCGUCCUAUCGAACCCGCCGGCUGUGGAUGCUUGCAGAAGAUACAUGGAAACAGAUCUAAAUCGCUGUUUCACUGACGCCUUACUGAGUGGCCCCACGACAGACGAUACGCCCUACGAGUUGAGGCGCGCUCGGGAGCUGAACGCUCAGCUCGGGCCCAAAGGGAGCCUCGAGGCCGUGGACCUGCUCUGCGACAUCCAUAACACCACAGCCAACAUGGGCGUGUGCCUCCUCUUCUCCCCGUCUGACUGGAUCGCACUUCACAUUUACAAAUACAUACAGAGCAAGAUGACCUCUGCACCUGUGAGAGCCAUCUGUCUUGUUGAACCCUCUCCUGAUGCGUAUUCUCUGGAGUCAGUGGGCAAACAUGGAAUCUCGAUAGAAGUCGGCCCCCAACCCACCGGUGUCGUCAGAGCUGAUAUCUUUAACAUGGCCAAAGAGGCAGUGGAUCUCUCCAUAGAAUGGCUUCAGAAAUUUAAUUCUGGAAGUGUUUUCGAAGGAGGUGAAGUGGAAGCGUACACCCCGGUGAGAAGUGUGGAUUAUCCAAGGGAUCCUACAACGAGUGAAAUCACUGCCGCCAUUCACCCACAGCUGCAGGAUAAUGACUUCAAGAUCCUCCGUCCGGGCGACCCCGUGUUCCAGUUCUUUUCUGGGGAGACAGUGAAGCACGAGGGAGAGGACCUCUACCCUCUCUUUGUGAACGAAUGUGCCUACUAUGAGAAAAAAGUUGCCUUCAUGUUAACCAAAAAGAUCACGGUGACCUUGCCGUCUGUGGGUGUGAAGAAGGACUGAGAGUACAUGGACGUAGACAUGCUGCUUACUUAAAAAUUACAAUCAACAAAUUAAAGUGGACAAAACAUGCAAAAUAAUCUUUCCAGUUUUUAAUCUUCAAUGUAUUCAUCUCAAAUGAGGAAAUAUACAUUAAUGAUGAGUAGUCCAGCGGUGCUGGACACAAAUACCUGGAUUACCUCCUCAUUACUUUGUGGCUUACAGCAGCUCUGCAAGAGUGCAACCGUAGCGGCUUUAGAGAGGAGGCU